UAUCUGCGCCGAUAUCUGCGCACCCGUAGCCAAGCUAUAAAGCUUGGUGUGUUUGUCAUUCAAGUAUCCAUUCCACUCAACCUCUUCCUCAACUCACUUGACAACCGCACUCAAUUCCCCUAUCUCAACACGCUCAAUAUUCUACAUUCUACUUCAUUCAAUCACACCUUUUCUAGCCUGUGACCACCUCUACCCGAACCCGAGAUCUGAUACCAUCUUAUUCAGUCACAUACAACAUGAUCUCCACUCCUCCCAAUAGGGUAGCUAUUAUCGGCGCGGGCCUUUCGGGCCUUACUCUCGCCAUCUCUCUGCAUCGCCAAGGCGUCCCUUGCAGGAUAUACGAGCUUCGCGAGCCCAGCAAGGCGACAUCGGGCGCUUUGAUGCUCUCACCUAAUGCUCUACGCAUCCUCGACACAUUAGGCAUCUACGAGAGACUCCGCCCACAGGGCUACAAUUUCGAGACAAUCGACUUCAAGAACCACGAGCAGAUCACCACUGAUCAGUACUACCUCGGCCAGGAGAGGCUCUACGGAUACAAGGCUCUCCGUGUCUACCGCCAGGUCCUCCUCACGGAGCUCCGCGAUGAGGUCAAGAACCUUCAGAUUCCCGUCGUAUACGGUGUCAAGUUCAGCCACAUCAUUUCUGAGGAUGAGAGUGGCGUCAACUUUGCCUUCACUGACGGUACUCGUGCGUCGGCCGACAUCCUCGUUGGCGCCGAUGGCAUUCACUCCACAGUCCGCAAGCACAUUGCUCCUGGUGUUGUUCCCAAAUACUCAGGAAUGGUCGCCAUCACAUGCGCGCUCCAGAGGAACACACUCGAAUAUCCCUCCAACAUCUGCGCCAAAGACUACCCUAUGCCUGUUGCUAUCCACGGCAAGAAUGGUGCUUUCGUGAUGGCUCCGCAGAACGUUGACGGAUCAGAAGUUCUCGCGGGCACUCAACGCGCAUGGCCAGAGCAGGAUCGCGCCGGCUGGGACGCGCUGCUCGCGGAUCGUGAGGGACUUCUUGAGCUGUUCCGCCAGGGCUAUGAAGACUGGCCCACCAUUGUGCAGUCUGCCCUCAACAACGUUCCUCUUGAUACCCUCGCCAUCUGGCCGUACUACGUUGUGCCCAAGCUCGAACGAUGGUCCUCGCCCAGCAAGCGCGUCAUCAUCCUCGGCGACGCGGCGCACGCAAUCCCCCCGACUGCCGGCCAGGGCGCGUCUCAGGGCUUCGAGGACGCCUUCACUUUGGCCGCGCUGCUGCCUCGCAUCACACCAAAAUUGCCGUUGGACAAGGCGAUUACCGAGUGGAAGGAAAUGCGUCAACAACGUGUCGACAAAGUCAUCAAGCUCACGAUGCAGCUCAACAAUGCCCGCCUGCCACAGGCUGAGCGUGAGAAGCUGGCUGCGGCUGGCGCACCCGUUUGGGAGAGUGGUGAUCACGGCGAGCUGGCCUGGCUGUACAACGCAGAUGUGGAGAAGGAAGUCCUGGCUUAUGUCAAGGCUGAGACCAAGAGCCCACGCACCUGCCCCGUCGAAUGGCUGCAGUCGAAGAUCAGCCCCGGCGCCAACUCUGAACUCUAAUUGUGUACAGAACGAGUUCGUAUCAGGCUUGGUGCUCAGAUGCUACGGGUGUGGAUGAGGCGUAACCUGGUUCUGUGUUCGGCGCUCGGUGACCGAAGGCUUAUUAUGUCUGCAUCUCUUAUUUCUUACGGAAUGAUCCUGGCUU